AUGCCGGAUUUCACUGAUGCCCUUCGACCAAGUCAUCCAAAUGGAUCUACCACUCUCACCAGUGAGCGAGCGCAAUCUGAUGUCAACGUGCACCACUUGAGUCAGCACUUGUUUUCCACUGAUGGCUUCCUCCAGCGACAGACCCGUAUCCUUGCUCUGCUUCAGAACGAGGUCUUGUCUUCAAAAGCGACGCAGCAGCAUCUCUUUACGCGUGGAAAGGUUCAAGCUUGCGCUGGCGCGGGCAAAACUGCUUCGUCGCAUGGCAGAUCGGCAUCAGUGGAGCGAUGA